AUGAAGUGGUUCACCUACCUCACUGCCUUCGUGGCUCUCCAGAUCGCCUCCGCCCUCGCCGCUCCCGCCGUGUUCAAGCGUGCAUCAACCAGCGACGUCGCCACCGUUGGCUACGCUGCUCAGGCUGGCACCACCGGUGGUAAGGGUGGAUCCGUCACCCGGGUGUCUUCCCUCAGCGCCUUGACCAGCGCGGUCAGCGGUGACUCCAAGAAGAUCGUCAUCAUUGAUGGUACCAUCACGGGGAACACUGUCGUCAAGGUUGGCUCCAACACCUCUCUCCUCGGUGCUUCGGGCUCCGCUCUCGUUGGUGUCGGUAUCCGCGUUCUCGACGAGUCGAACAUAAUCCUCCGCAACCUCAAAGUCUCCAAGGUUCUUGCCAGUGCUGGGGACGCCAUCGGGAUCCAGGCCUCCUCCAAGGUCUGGGUUGACCACUGCGAGCUCUCCAGUGACCGCGACCACGACAAGGACUACUACGACGGCCUCCUCGACGUCACCCACGGCAGCACCGGCAUCACGGUCACCUACACCUACCUGCACGACCACUGGAAGGCGUCCCUCGUCGGCCACUCGGACUCGAACGGCUCCGAGGACGCGGCGCUCCAGGUCACGUACGCGCUCAACCGCUGGGUGAACCUCAACUCGCGCACGCCCUCGUUCCGCUUCGGCCACGGCCACAUCUUCAACAACGUGUUCGACAACAACAGCGACGGCAUCAACACCCGUGACGGCGCCCAGCUCCUCGUCCAGAACAACGUCUGGACCGGCACGAGCAAGCCCCUCUACUCGACCGACGGGGGCUACGCGGUCGCCUCUGGCAACGACUUCGGCGGCGCGAGCAACUCGGCGCCGACCGGCUCCUUCACGAGCGCCCCGUACAGCUACAGCAUGAUCUCGGCCAGCAGCGUGCGCAGCGCCGUCGUCGGCAGUGCGGGUGCGACGCUCUCCUUCUGA